UGAUCCUUGUGUGUGAGAGUGCGUGCGGGCGCGCGGGCGCACUUCUUCAUCACAGCAGCCAUGUCGAAGAGAGGACGUGGAGCGUCUUGUGGCGGGAAGUUCCGCAUUUCCCUCGGUCUGCCUGUGGGUGCAGUCAUGAGCUGUGCAGACAACACAGGGGCUAAAAAUCUCUACAUAAUUGCUGUUCAAGGGGUAAGAGGUCGUCUGAAUCGUUUGCCUGCUGCUGCUGUUGGCGACAUUGUGGCAGCCACAGUAAAGAAGGGAAAGCCGGAGCUCAGGAAAAAAGUGCAUCCUGCCGUAGUUGUGAGGCAGAGGAAGCCUUACCGUAGGAAGGACGGGGUGUUCAUCUACUUUGAAGAUAAUGCUGGGGUCAUAGUUAACAAUAAAGGAGAAAUGAAAGGCUCAGCCAUCACUGGCCCAGUGGCUAAGGAGUGUGCUGACUUGUGGCCCAGGAUUGCUUCAAAUGCUGGUUCAAUUGCAUAAAUUUACCAAUAAAGAAAAAAAUAAA